UUACUCGACACGUCAGCGAAUAUAUAUAUGCAUAUAGGUAAGAGUCCACGGUAGUUAAUCAUUAUCCAAUCAUAGAAGUAACAAGAAACAGGUUGCGUUUCUGACUUUCUCCGCAAGAAUCAAACAUCUUCUUCUUCUUCUUCCAUCAAUCCUCUCUCUGUAAGUUUUCCAAUUGAUUUGACCUGUUACAUACUCUGUUCGAUUUCUCUAGAAUCUAUCUUUCUGUUCGUAUAUAUUAUCAGAAGUAAAGAUGAAUAAAGGCAGCAGCUUUAAGCUGGACAACGAUUUCGAAAAGAGGAAAGCUGAAGCUGGAAGGAUCUUAGAGAAGUACCCUGACAGAAUCCCGGUGAUUGUGGAAAAGGCUGAGAAAAGUGAUAUCCCAGACAUUGACAAGAAGAAAUACCUUGUGCCAUCAGACCUAACAGUUGGACAAUUUGUGUAUGUGAUUCGCAAGAGAAUCAAACUAAGUGCAGAGAAAGCAAUCUUCAUAUUCGUAGACAAUGUCCUUCCUCCUACAGGAGAGAUUAUGUCAAGCGUCUACGAGGACAAGAAAGACCAAGAUGGCUUCCUCUACAUCACUUACAGUGGCGAGAACACAUUUGGUGCUUCCUCAAUCUGAACCUCAGUGUGAUGUUCCCCUCUCUCAAUUUGUGUAUUUAGUUCUAAUAAUAAUUUAUGGUUUCUAUGUGUAGACUGUAUAUAUACAGUCUACAACUAUAUAAACCUUUGUACAUCUAUUCUAAUAUAUUCAUUCUACACUAUGUUCUUGCACUUUGUUAAAAUGUAUAUAGACUAAUAUUGAAAUAUUAUCUUUAUUUGCAUUA